CCCCGGGGUUCGGGCCGCUGCGCCUUCACGCGCAGCCUUUUUGUUUACUCCGCCAGCAGGGGAGACAGGGAGCGAGCGUGUAAAGAUGCUCCGGGACCCGGGGGCUAUAUAAAGCUUUGGUUCGGGCCAGGUGGGUGCCAGGGGCCAGCCGGUCCAUGGAGAUCGCGAAACGUACGGAGAGCAGAAGCGGCCAGUGCGUGCACCUCUGUCGCCCGCCGCCAGCUCCAGAUCUUCCGAUGCAGCACAGGGGCGCGGACUCCGGGUACAGAGCCUUGGCCCCGCCUCGCGCUUACCCCGCUCCAUCCCUCCCGCCUGCCCCUUCCCGGCUCCUCCCCUCGGAUCUUCCAGCCCCACACCCUCCCCGCCCUGGCUCAGCUGCGGUCAGGUCUCCUGGGUCUAGGUUCGCAUCUUCUCUGCGCGUCUUGUGCUCCCCACCUCGCAGAUCCGCAGUCUUCUGGAGACCGUGGGUUGACGACGGAGGAGAGAAGGAGCAGGAGGCGCCGCACCACGCCGUGGAGGCGAUGCCAGAUGGCCCCGGAAUAACGGACGCCUCAGGAAAGCUUUCCCAAUACAGACACCCAGUCAGAAUCAAGAAUGGUGUUCGCAAUUGCGGUUUACAGCAAACCGAACAAAUCAACAAAUGGAACUUGAGACGGAAGAGAAAAUGGAAACGUAAUGAAAAUCCCAAAGAUUACAGGACCGUAAAAGCGAUCGAAAGUUAUUCGACCUAACAAUUAAGAGCUAGUUUGCUGUUCCUAGCCACAGGAAAUCAGUCUUCCUGCAAGAUGAUUAGUAGCUUUUAAUCAGGUGAAAGCUUAAGUCUUCAUUGCGUGCUUUAGAGAGCUGUUAAAUGAAGAGCUGUACAAAGUUUGUAGAAUGUGCAUGUGCUUAUAAUAGCACGUAGUAGUCAAUAAGUGUUAGUCUCUCAGUUGUGUCCGACUGUUUGCAAUCCCAUAGACUGUAGCCUGCCAGACUCCUCUGUCUAUGGAAUUCUCCAGGCAAGAACUCUGGAGUGGGUAGCCAUUCCCUUUUCCAGGGGAUCUUCCUGACCCAGGAAUCCAACCGGGUGUCUGGGGAAGACCAUAGUAGUCAAUUAGUGUUGAUUAAUUUCCUACCCUUUGCUAGCACUAGUGAAGAACAUGGGAAAAGAUAAUUACAGCCCUUUGGAAGUGUUAUAAUGGUUUACUUUGGUCAAUUUUAUGACUAACUCUACCAGGAAGGGGGAGGUGGGAAAGUGUCAGGGAACUGUGUAUCAUAGAUGUGAUUACCUGGCUGAGUCUAGAGGUUAACCCAGUGGAGAACCUGUGGGGUGGGGCAGAAGACAUUGAGAGGAAAAAGAAUAGCACAGUUCCUUCUGGGAGCAUCAGGGAACUGGCAUUUGAGUGUGUGGAACUGUGGUCACUCCAGCAGGGAAGCCAGAGCAGAUCUUGUACACCUUGGUACAAGACUUUUGUCCUGAUCCUGUGUAUGGCAUUGGGAACUUAUGGACUUUAUUCUGUAGGUGGUAUUGGGGGUUACUCAAAGGAUUUUAAUUAAAAUAUUAAUGUGAUCAGAUUUAUGCUUCAGAAAAAUCAGUAAGGAAAUUGUAUAUAGCCUUAGUUAGAACAUCAAAAGUGAAAUUGGAAGUUAUUGCAAUUAAGGCAUUGAUGAAACUGGGUGAAUUUGGGAAAUGCUUAGUUGACAGAAUAGAUUAGGCUUAGGCUUAUGAUGUAUUGGAUAUGGUAGGUAAAUAGAAGUAAAAAGACAGAAUGGUUCCCAGGUUGGUGGCUGAUGACCAAGUGAAUGUUAUACUAAUGAAAUGGAAAUUAAGGCUUAAAAGAUAACUUGGGAACAAGAUAGCAUGUCAGAUUUCCCAUUUGUCAUAUUUCAUGUGCGUGUGGGGCCUCCAAAUAGAUCUGUCCAGUAAAGAGCUGCAUAUACAGGUCAGUGGUCCAGAGUCCAGUUCUUACGUGGAAAUACAGACUUGGGAGGCUUUGGUAAAUAAACAGGGGAUCCAUGGCAGUGAGUCAGGUCAUCUGGAGGAGUGAAAGAGGAAAGAUGAUCAUUCUUGAUAAGAUGCUGGGGGAAGGCCAACAUCUAACCUGUCUACAGAGAAAGAGAGGUGCACAAACCUGACUGGGAAGAAUCAAACAGAACAGGGAAGAAGUCAGCAAAGUGUAAAGUUCCUGUAAGAAAAAUGGCCAGUGAGAGAUUCUGGGGAGUCAGAGUGUGAUAAUAAUUAAGCAACAUUCUUUGGGUUUGACAGUUUUACACAUUAGAAAAUCAAUUGCAUUUUUUUAGGAGCAAUUUCUUUUCUGAACUAAUGUAGCCAUUUCUUUGAAUUUCUCUUUAAGUUCUGUCUUGUGUAGUAUUGUGUGUUUCUGAUUCUUUUUACUCAAUUAUCAACUUCUUGAAGAUAGGGAUCAUGAUUUAUCUGUCUUUGAAUUAUGAAUUAUGUUUGGUAUAAGAGAUUACUAAAAUAUUUAUAGGAUGACUGAUAUUGCUUAUUUAGGCACCCAAUUUAUAAACUUAACUGUUUGGCUAGAAACAUUUAUCAACUACAUUGCCUAUGUUUUUGCUUUUUAAAAUGGAACAUACUGAAUAUAAUGAAAUUUUCUCUUUGUUAGAAUCAAUCUGAUUUGGGCACAUGAGGCUAUUUAUUGUACACUAAAAUACCAGGCACUCUAGUUGGUGGUGCAACCUUAUCCUUUUAUUUCACCUGAAUGAAAAAUAAUAGAAGAUCAGAUGGUAAGAUUAAUAUUUGUUGUACAUUUGAAAUUUUAAGGUAAUCACAUUUACAUGCAAAUUAUUUGCACAAAAUCAGUAUUAUUUUCAAUAUCUCAAUAUACUGUUCCCAAAUUUAGUUGGGUGGGGAAAAGGGAGAGAGAUGGGAUCAAGGUUGGGGUCAGAGAUAGCCUUUUGAAAAAGUUGCUUUUUGUAUGUUUCUAAACUUGAUUUGGUUCCAUCUAUAUCUACAAACUAAGUCUGAGUGUCAAACAAGAUGCUAGGUAAUUUCUGCCUUUGUGUAAGGUGCGUAAUAUUUUGUCAUCUUUUAAAGUUUUUAUCAUCCCAAUAUUUAAUGUCAUGGUAGGAUUCAUUUUUUCUCCAAAGGAAUUUGGAAAUUGGAAGAUAAACUGUCUUCUGUAUUUUGUAAGAAUAAGUAUAUCCAUAAUGCCUGAAGUAAGCUAUCUAAAUAUUGAUCUUAAGCUCAUGAAGGGUUUAAUGUGAAUGUGAUCCAACUUAUAACUUGGAUAAAGAUUUAAAACAGUGAAUCAAUUAUUGAUACUUUAUCAAAUAGACUCCAUGAAGGCUGUAACACCAGCAUUUUAAACUCUAUUUAAAUGCAUAAAUCAGUUGAUAAAUAUAUGGAGCUCUUGAAAUUUGAGCAUUUCAUGAGAACAAAGAUUCUGAAUGUGGAAAAAAAAAAUAAAGCAUAUUAUGUUGUCUGCUUCUUUCAGACUAUUUUGGCCAAAAUCAAAGUGUUAUGAUUACUUAUAUCAAGAAGCAGAAGCUCUUCUGAAAAAUUUUCCAAUUCAAGCCACAAUUUCAUUUUAUGAAGAUUCUGAUAGUGAAGACGAAACUGAGGAGCUGA